UAAGAAACCGGAAGUUGUCAUUGCCGAGGCUCCUGCUCAGACUCCGGCGCCGGAAGCGGCAUUUUUCUGAACUGGGAAAUAUGGCGACAGUGACUGUGCGUUCUGCUCCGCUCGGAGGUUUUGAUUUCAGCAACUGCAGGAGAAAUACCCUCUUGACCAAUGAAUUUACUCAGAAAGGGCACAAGCUACCCGCAGCUCGCAAAACAGGGACCACAAUUGCUGGAAUAGUGUUUAAGGAUGGAGUUAUACUUGGAGCUGACACAAGAGCAACAGAAGGAAUGAUUGUUGCUGAUAAGAACUGCUCAAAGAUCCACUAUAUAGCUCCAAAUGUCUAUUGCUGUGGUGCUGGGACUGCAGCUGAUACAGAAAUGACAACGCAGAUGAUCUCUUCCAACAUGGAGCUACAUUCUCUGUCCACGGGACGUUUAUCCAGGGUAGCAACUGCCAACCGAAUGCUGAAGCAGAUGCUAUUUAGGUAUCAAGGUUAUAUUGGUGCUGCGCUGGUACUGGGUGGAGUGGACUGUACUGGGCCCCAUCUGUACAGCAUUUACCCUCAUGGAUCCACUGACAAGCUUCCCUACGUUACUAUGGGCUCUGGUUCGCUGGCUGCCAUGGCUGUUUUUGAGGAUCGCUACAAACCUGACAUGGAGGAAGAAGAAGCCAAGCAGCUGGUACGCGAUGCCAUCGCCGCUGGGAUCUUUAAUGACCUGGGCUCCGGCAGCAACAUUGAUCUAUGCGUAAUAACAAAAAAUAAGGUGGAUUAUAUCCGUCCCCACGAGUUGGCCAACAAGAAAGGCGUGAGGACAGGAAAUUAUAAAUACAAGAAAGGUACCACGGGGAUUCUGUCGGAGAAGAUUACCAACUUCAACUUGGAUGUGAUGGAAGAAUCCGUGCAAACUAUGGAUAUUUCCUAAGUCUCUUAAGUAAAUGUAUUGGCAUCUUUUUGCAUCCCGUGUUAGCCCACAUUAUCAUGUUAAGCAUUUUCUGCGUUAUCUUAUGAUCCAUUAAAAAAAACAAAACUUAAAAA